AUGUUAUGCAACAUAUUUGGUUAUGAUCCAAAUGACAAAACUUUGAAAGACAUUUUGUUACCAGAAGGAAAUUUUGAAGCAUUUUAUCUAAAAGCAGAGGAGCAUGAUGUUGCAAGACCUCCACACUUACAUGGAUCUUUUCAUCAGUAUAAGAAUCCUGCAUUAAUUAUUGCACCUAAUAUUGCUGCUUAUGGAUAUCGUUUUGAUGGCAAACGAAGAUUUAAUUAUGAUUAG